AUGGUCGUAAUAUUUCAAGCGUACUUCGAAUGCCCAUUAAGUAUGAAUUCAGAUGCGAUUCAACAGCAACCACAAUAUUUUCCAGCAUUCAGCUUUUGCAACGUUGGAGAAUUGCGUUACGAUCAAUUUAUUGACCCGUUUUUAAAUUACACUAAUGCAAACAAUGUGACCAGCUCGAAUGAUACGACAACGAUUACACGUAAUCAAGCUAGUUAUAUCCCAAACUUCCUAUUGGAACAAUUGAACCAAAAUAAAUCAUUAGAACAGUAUUUUUUUUCACUCUCACCUAUGCUUUAUCAGUGUUCAUUCGAUUCUAAACCUUGCUCAGCAGCUGAUUUCAUUUCUUUUACGGAAGCAGGUUUUGGUUCUUGUUAUACCUUCAAUGCACAACUCAAAAACACUACAGCUCAAACACCUAGAUAUGCUAUUUUAGGUGGCACUGGACUCCAGUUAGGACUUUACGUAUAUAGUCAACAGUAUGUACCAUAUGUCUCAGAUGGUAUUGGUAUGAUAAGUCUGCUACACAACAAUACACAACCGCCGUUUCUGGAUUUAACAGGAAUGUACUUAAGUCCUGGACGCAAAUAUAAAAUAAGCUAUACGACAACGAUUACGAAUUAUUUAGCUACACCAAACUCGCAAUGUACUGAUGAUGUUCCUCAAUCGAUGAAAGGCAUUUUAAGCAAUUAUCCUAGUGCCGAUUAUGGAUAUUCACAAGCUCUUUGUAUUGAAAACAACGUACAGAUUCAGACUUACCAACAAUGUGGAUGUGUUAGUCCAUACGCAUGGGAUAAGCGUGCGAUAACUUUGCCCGGCACGAGUAACAUCUUUAUAGCACCUCUGUGUAAUAUUACAGAUACUUGCUAUUUACAAGCCGUAAGUGCGUAUCUAACCGCACCGAUUAGUUCAAACAGCAACAAUUUUACCUGUCCAAAGAGAUGCUCGAACGUGAAUUUUCCUGUGGAAAAAUCGGAGCUAUCAACCCCACUCGAAUGGCAGAUGAGUGAUAUCAAGAGUUUUGUCGAAAAUUCGUCGGUUCCAUUACCAGCGAAUUGGUCGGUCAUGUGGCGAGACUACAUUCGUAUGAAUUAUCUAUCUAUAAAUGUCGUCUGUGAGACAAAUGUCAUCGAUGCUAAGCAGCAGACAUUAGUCUAUACCACAAAUACUCUAAUUUCGAAUAUUGGAGCUCAGGCUGGUCUAUGGCUUGGCCUUACUGUUCUUGUUUUCGCAGAAUUAAUCGAACUUUUAUAUCAUUUGCUUCGUUUUACAUGUCAAAAAAUUCGAUCAAAAAUGUAA